CCAAGAGCUUUUCACAUCCGCAAACGCUGGUCCUAUCUAAUCAUCCAUCUCCCCCAGUCCUUCUGUCAACUACACAAAAUCUGUGGAAGGCAUAAUGCAGCGUCGCAUGCUCACGAAAGAAGAGGAGGCCUCGGCCGGCGGGGAGGACGUCCAAGUGCGUCGCGAGGACCAGGAGAAAAUCAAUCGGUUUAGCUCGCUGCAUCAGAAGGAGACUGCGCUGGAGGAUGAGUUGAGGGCGAAGCUUAAGGAGAAAGAAGAUCUGGAGGAAAUUUCGGGCGAGCUGGAGCUUGUGGAUGAGGAGGAGAAGGUGCCGUACAAGGUUGGCGACUGCUUCGUCUCAUUACCACAGCCCGAAGUCCUAGAGCUGCUAUCCGCAUCUACAGAAUCGAUAGAUGGCGAAGUUGAAGGCCUGAAAGGGCGACUCGACACGAUCCAUGAAGAGAUGGCUGAGUUGAAGAAAGCGCUAUAUGGUCGGUUUGGGCGGAGCAUCAACUUGGAGACUUGAACUGGCGAGUAGAAGGUAUCCCAUUGGCAGCUGUCAUGGUUAACGAUUUCCGGCCAUACGAAGGCGUCACGAUAUUCUGUAACAGCAAAAGCGUCUCAACAAUAACACGUUUGAAAACUCCAAUGCGCUCAGCUUCAUGCCACCCUUCGGAAUGGACUUCUCUC